AUGUCAGUUCAAUGGGACUGCCUUUUCGUUAUGCGCCAGUAUGAGACUUGUGCUUGUAAAGGACCUUAUCAUUAUUAAUAACGAAUAAGUGAACGAUGCAUGAUAAGGGUUGUUCUUUAACUCUUGUAUUGACUGUAUGCUCAGCUGCUAUUGGGGGAACUCUUCAGUAUGGCUACAAUUUGGCCAUUGUCAAUGCACCCACUACCUAUAUCCAGAAGUUUAUUAAUGAGACGUGUGUAGAGAGGUGGGGCACAGCUCUGGACUCCAAUCAGGUGGUCCUUAUCUGGACCAUCAUAGUUUCUGCCUUUUCCCUUGGGGGACUGUUUGGAUCGCUGCUUGCUGGCCCAAUGGCUAUCCGAUUUGGACGCAGGCAAACUCUGUUGCUGAACAACUCUUUCCUUUUGGUCAGUGCACUCAUGGUGCUGAGCAGUCGCUCAGCCAGAUCCUUUGAGAUGAUCAUCGUUGCUCGUUUACUUGUAGGCGUUAAUGCAGGGGUGAGCAUGAAUGUCCAGCCUAUGUAUUUCGGAGAGAGUGCUCCAAAGGCCAUGAGAGGUGCUGUUGCCUUUUCCUCUGCUGUUUUCACAGCAGUGGGAAUCCUGUUGGGGCAGGUGACUAGUUUGACUGAACUGUUGGGGAGUGAGGCUUUCUGGCCAUAUCUUCUAGCCAGCAAUGCUCUUCCUGGUCUGCUCCAGCUGCUCACUCUGCCCUGGUUCCCAGAGAGCCCUCGUUACCUGCUCAUCGACAGAGGUGAUAGAGAGGCCUGCAGUCAUGCUCUUACCCGCCUGAGGGGCUGUAAUGUGUCUGAUGCUGAGAUGGAGGAAAUCCUGGAGGAGCAGAAAGCACUUGGUGAGGCUCGAGCCAAAUCACUGUGGGAACUACUGUCUGAUCGUAGUCUUCGGCGUCAGCUGAGCAUCAUCAUGGUAGCCAGCAGCUCCAUGAUGCUUUGUGGGAAUGACUCCAUCUACUUCUAUGCCUCAUAUAUAUUUCAGAAGGCAGGAGUACCCAUGGAUAAGAUCCAGUAUGUUACCAUUGGCACAGGUGCUUGUGAAUUCACUGCAGCUGUAGUGUGUAACUUGCUGAUUGAAAGACUGGGUCGCCGCUUGCUCCUUAUUGGUGGGUAUAUGCUCAUGGCUGGUUGGGCAGUGGUGUUCACUCUGUCUCUGGCUCUGCAAGGUAAAGUGACGGGAAUGCCCUACCUGAGCAUGGCAUGUGUCUUUGCUUACAUCCUGAGCUUUGGCAUGGGUCCUGCUGGGGUGACUGGGAUACUACCAACUGAGCUCUUCAACCAGAUGACUCGACCUGCAGCUUACAUGAUAGCUGGCUCCAUGAUGUGGCUCAGCCUCUUCCUGGUGGGAAUGGCCUUUCCUUUCAUAGUCAACAGUCUCGGCCAGUUUUGUUUCAUUCCUUUCUUUUGUGUGUGUGUGGUCUCGUCCAUUUUCAUCACUCUUGCCUUACCCGAGACAAAAGGAAAGAGUAUAGCUGAAAUCACUGCAGAGUUUGAGAAACACAACAAAAAGGUCUUCUCUAAUUCAACACAGGACCACUUACAGCUACAGGACUCUCAACACAGCCAGCUGAAUUGUGAUGAUUGAGAAGUUCAUAGAAAAUGAUUAUUCCAUGUGUUUUACAUUCUUAUUCUUGCUGGCUUUGCUUUGGGAAGACAUUACAUUUGUCUAACGAACACAAUUUUUAAAUAAUAUCUGAUUGAGUAAAUGUUCAGUAUUCAUACCUGUGCAUAAUUUAAUUUAUUGUUUGAUGGUAGCCCCAGUGUCAGUGUCUGAAAAAUGCUAAAUGGAGAACUUUAGGCAGCUUAAAGUUUGAUCAUUUCACUGCUGGCAGCUUGAGACAGUUUGUGAUGAUAAAUACUUAGCAGUGUCUGCCUGGGAACAAUACCUCAAAUGACACAGACACUGAUUUUAUUGACAAUCAAAUUGACAGAUUUUUAACACUAUUCAGAUUUAUUCUUUGAAAGUGCAUGACUGUACCAAUGACAAGCUAUGUAUGCUGUCUCUGUAUGUAUGUAUGUUAAUAUUUUAGUAGGCCCUAACUUAUGACUGUGUAUGCACUGAUUUAACAAAAACAAAUCGAACCAAAAAAUCAUUGUACGGGCCAAGCUAUUUAUGAUCUAAUUUAAGUGUAAUAUCUCAUUCUCAUUUCAUUAUCUCUAGCCGCUUUAUCCUUCUACAGGGUCGCAGGCAAGCUGGAGCCUAUCCCAGCUGACUACGGGCGAAAGGCGGGGUACACCCUGGACAAGUCGCCAGGUCAUCGCAGGGCUUAAGUGUAAUAUAUAAUAUAAUAUUUUGCUGCAGUGUAAUGCAAUUGAACUAUGUGUAGUGUGUUAUUUCAAACUCUGAGAUUCUCUUGCACAAUUCAAAUGCUGCUGUUUUAUUUAUAUAAUAUAUAUAUAAAUGGCACUCCAUACCUAAAUAAGCUGCCUCCUUUAUUCAGAUGAAUAAUAAUGCUGUGAAUAGACAUUUAAAAAAAAUCCUGGUAUUUGAUUGUACUUGAAAUGAAUUUGUCUUAAAUCAUGCUGAUGAAAACC